UACCUUGUUCAGAAAGUCAGAGACCGUACUCUCUCAAUGUAAAGUUGCCGUAGAUUCGGUAAUUCCAGAAUUAGAGAGGAGAGAUGAAGAAGGCCGUGGAAGUCGCAGUUUUAUUUGUAAUUUUUCUCAGUGAAUUUACCCUAUAUUCAAGCGCUGAAGGAGUUUUCGAUGUUCGGAAACAUCUCUGUACUGUAUCUAGGUAUGGUAUUGUGAAAGAUAUACUAUCAGAAGAAUCGAUUAUAGCUCCGGAGAUUCCCGAUCAAUGUACCCCAAUACACAUAAACCUAUUGGCAAGGCAUGGCACUCGUGCUCCAACAAAGAAAAAGAUAAUGGAGUUAGAUGCCUUAGCCAACCGCUUAGAAGUCCUUCUGGAAGAUGGAAAAGAAGAAAUGAAAUCAUUGGAGAAAGUUCCUGCUUGGCUGCAUGGGUGGAAGUCUCCAUGGAAGGGAAAGCGCACAGGUGGGCAGCUGAUUGCUGAAGGAGAAGAUGAACUAUAUAAUCUUGGGAUAAGAAUCAGACAACUUUUUCCAGACCUCUUUAAUGAGGAAUACCAUCCGGAUGUUUAUACAAUCAAAGCUUCUCAGAUUCCUCGGGCAUCAGCUAGUGCUGUGGCAUUUGGCAUGGGCCUGUUUAGUGGAAGAGGGAAGCUUGGGCCAGGCAGGAAUCAAGCCUUUGCAGUUAUUAGUGAAAGCCGUGCAAGUGAUAGAAUUCUGAGAUUUCAUGAUUGUUGUCGAAGCUACAAGGGAUUCAGAAAGAGUCAACACCCUACUGUUGACAAGCUUAAGGAGCCUGUCUUGAAUGAGAUCACUCAGCGCUUAAUGAAGAAAUAUGGGCUUAAUUUUACUAGGCAAGAUAUAUCUUCUUUAUGGUUUCUCUGUAAACAGGAAGCAUCCUUACUUAACAUAACUGAUCAAGCUUGCAGUCUAUUCAGUCCGUCAGAGGUUUCUUUGUUGGAGUGGACUGAUGACUUGGAGUUGUUCAUAGUAAAAGGCUAUGGUAAUUCAUUGAACUACAGAAUGGGAGUGCCAUUGCUUGAAGAUGUGCUUCAAUCUAUGGAGCAGGCAAUCAAGGCUAAAGAAGAGGGAUAUGCUCCUGGAAGUUACGAAAAGGCAAGACUACGUUUUGCUCAUGCAGAAACCCUGCUUCCCUUUUCAUGUUUGAUUGGGCUAUUUCUUGAAGAAUCUGAAUUUGAACGAAUUCAAAGAGAAGAAGCAUUGCCACUCCCUCCUAAGCCUCCUCAAAAGAGAAACUGGCGAGGCAGUGUAGUGACACCUUUUGGUGGAAAUAACAUGCUAGUACUCUAUAGCUGCCCCACAAAGGAGUCAAGCAAGUAUUAUGUGCAUGUGCUGCACAAUGAACAUCCAAUUCCAAUGGCGGGUUGCAAUGGAUCAGCAUUUUGCCCAUUUGAAAUAUUUAAGAACCGAAUAGCUGCUCCUCACUUGAAACAUGACUACAACACCCUUUGCAAUGUAAACCCGAGUGCUUCAACAAGUGUUUGGUCAAGAGCGUUUGGAUGGCUUUUCUCACUAAGGAACACUGCCGAACCAUCCUCAAAGUUUGUCACUGACCAGUAGGCACUAGGCAGUAGCUGAUCCAGCUGUGGCCUAAUAAUCGAGGAAGUCUUUUUUUGACCGGUAAAUUGUAAUUUUAAAAUGAAUGAUAACACGGUUGUUAUAGGUCUAAAUUUUGUAUUGAAGAGUAAUGAAAUCAUGAUGCCUUGAUUUUUGAAAGCUUUAUAGUCGUAGUUGGGACCUGUCAUUUUGAUAAUUUAUCUCAAAGCAAUUUUAGUUUCAACAUUGAUUUUUAGCUCAA